AUGGCCGAGAUUGCUGCCUUUUCAGCAGCAGCAAACUCUUUGGCGCAUGCACAACGGCAAAUGCCAUUGCAGGAGGGCACAGUGUACAAGCAGCAGCAGCAACAGCAGCAGCAGCAGCAGCAGCAGCAACAGCUCCAAGCACUGAGUGAGAGGCCCACGAGCAGCGGCUGCAGCUGCACGACUGACACAGCUUUUGCUGCUGGUGCAGAAGUGCAGCAAGCUGCGACUGCAGCAGCAGCAGCAGCGGCGGCGGAGACGCACUCCGCAGCAGCAGGAGCAGCAGCAGCAACAGAAACAGCAGCAGGGCCAGGCGCAGUAGCUGCUGCUUCUGAGGAAGACCUCCGCCUCAGCUGCAAGAGAGAAAUCGCCCCGGCUGACGAACAGCAGCACGCAGCAGCAGCUGCAGCAGCAGCUGCAGCAGCAACAGCAGCAGCAGCAGCAGGGGAGUGCAGCAUGUCGUGUCUUCACUACCCACGAGUCAGCAGCAGGCGCGCUGUCUGUGCAGCAGCAGCAGCAGCAGAGGGCGAAGCAGCAGCUGGCUGCAAGCUGUUGAUGACCAGAGAGUACCCCCGUGCGGAAGCAGCAGCAGCAGCAGAAACUGCAGCAGCAGCAGCAGCAGAAACCGCCGUCACCGCAGCAGCAGCAGCUGUAGCGGAACCUGCUGCUGACGGACCAGCAGCAGCAGCAGCAGCAGCAAGCUCAGCUGCUGCUACCCCGAUGGAUGAAGACGGGCCCUCGUUCCCCAGCUGUCAGGUGCAGCACGAAGCAGCAGUAGCAGCAGCUGCAGCGCAGCAGCAGCAACAGCAGGAGGCAACAUCAGCAAAUUCUGAAGCAGCAGAUAUUUCAGCAGCAGCAGCAGCUAAUGGGGUACCUGCUGCAGGCGAAGGCGAAGCCGCGCUGCACAAGACGCCAUUGUCAGGGCCAGCAGCAGCAGCAGCAGGCAGUCCUGCUGCUGCUGCAGCUGCUUCUCAGCUUUCAUCGAGAAGCCUAUCGGCUGCUCGCAGCAGCAGCAGCAGCAGCAGCAACAGUGCUGCAUCGUUAGCGUCUCUCUUGUCACUGCCGCUUCCUGCUGCAGGUGAGGAGCCUUACACAGCAACUUCGCAGCAGCAGCAGCAGCAGCAGCAACAGGAGCAGCAGCAGGAGGAACAAAAGGAGCAGAACCCUCGUCAUGCACUGCUGCUGCAGCAGCAGCUGUUGCA